AUCAAGUCUUUAUAAAAGUUAAGGUCCUUUGGGAUUGGGUGGAAAUAAGAGAUAGGCACUUCUUUGGUGAAUGCUCAAGUUUCUCUGACUGCACAGCAUGCAAGUAGUGGAAUUAGGUUUGUUGUGUUAGUAAAGGAAGCUCAGACAGAAAGGAAGACUGCUGGCAAGAUGGUUCUGGAACGCAGGACAGUCUUCCAGCUCUGUGUACUUCUUGCUUGCUUUUUUGGAUGGAUGCUUUCCUGUGCGACAACAUUCCUGCCACAGUGGAAACAGCUAAAUCUGGACCUAAAUGAAAUGGAAAAUUGGUACAUAGGACUGUGGCAAGCAUGUGUGAUACAAGAUGAGGUGGGAGACCAGUGCAAGGGCUACGACUCUUUUUUGGCCCUGCCUUCAGAAAUAAGGAUUUCUAGGAUUCUCAUGUUUAUCUCAAAUGCUGUUGGACUUCUUGGCCUGUUAAUUUCAUGUCUUGGCUUGGACUGUGUGAAAAUGAAAGAUGUAACGCUGGAACUAAGAAAGCGCCUGAGGGUCUUUGGAGGAGUACUGUUCUGGAUAGCAGGAAUUACAACAAUCUUCCCGGUCUCACUAGUAGCCCACAGAACAGUGGUAGAAUUCUGGGAUGAUACAAUACCAGAGCUUGUGCCUAGGUGGGAAUUUGGGGAAGCAAUUUUUACAGGAUGGUUUUCUGGAUUUUUUCUUAUAGUUGGUGGAGCACUGAUGAUUUGCACAACAUGCACAUCUGAAAAAAAGCUGAUACCAAUUCACUAUGUCACUUCUGAGCCUUAUGAACAUGACUACCUGGAAACAGAGACAGGACAGGUACAUAGAACAGUACGGCAUCAACAAAUCAAGGGUAAUGCAUGCUAGCGGCAUGGAAGAGAAUAUGAGACAGCUACUUUAAAAUUUAAAGUGAUCACACACUUGCUUUUUAUUUUUCUGUCAACAUUAUUAUUAAUCACAAAUAUUUAAUGUAUGUCAAUAUACUGUGUCUAUUCAAAGCAUUUUGUGCUGCUCAGUUACUGAAUAGUGUGCUCUGAAGUCUAAAUAAUGUGUUCUCACACAAGAAAGCAUGUCACACUCAAAAUGUCAUACUGCUGAUGGAAUUUAUGAUGUUGCAAUUAAGUUCUGAAUGCCACAUUUCUACUUUAGAUGUGACUGCAAAAAAUAAUCCUUUAGAGGUUUACAGAGUAAACAAAAAAAAUUGAAGCUUUCCAAUGCAUGCUUUCUGUACUAAGAUCUGCACUCUAUGUUCUGCAACAGCAUCAAACUUUUGACAAUGCCUUGACUUGCUUUAAAAGUUUUAACAUUUCAUGCUCGUAUAAUUAAUCCACAGGUUUAACUUUUGAAAAGCAGGUGCUGUGCAUGAAAAGUUGUUGUACAUGUAAGCACAUGUAGAAAUGGGCAAAUUCAUGGCAUGUGCAUACGUUUAAGGAAACAAGACCCACCCUAUAGAUAUAUAUAUAUAUGUGUGUGUGUAUUUAUGUAUUUGUCUUCAAAAUAUUUUAUGAAGUGCACAUUUUAUUAAAUACAACAGAGCUAAUGCAAAAGUAAUGCAAAAAAACGAUCCUAUUAAAGUUGCCAAUUUCAGGCAUAAAGGAA